AAAUACGCGCCCUUGACUUUAUUCAUCUCGCAUCACUCAGUUAUCACUGAAGAAGUUUCUUUCCGACUCAGCCAUGGCUACGAUGCAGAGGAGGACGAUAAACCCUAGCUUUCUGUCGCUGUACAUUGCUCUCGGUCUUUUGUUCGCCUGCGCUUCCGCUAAAGUCUUCUUCGAGGAGCGUUUCGAAGAUGGAUGGGAGAAUAGGUGGGUGAAGUCAGAGUGGAAGAAAGAUGAGAAUACCGCUGGUGAAUGGAACUACACUUCUGGUAAAUGGAACGGAAAUCCUGAUGAUAAAGGUAUUCAAACCAGUGAAGAUUAUAGAUUUUAUGCCAUUUCUGCUGAGUUCCCUGAAUUCAGCAACAAGGACAACACCUUAGUCUUCCAGUUCUCCGUCAAGCAUGAACAAAAGCUUGAUUGUGGUGGUGGAUACAUGAAGUUGCUUAGCGGCGAUGUUGAUCAAAAGAAAUUUGGCGGUGACACCCCCUACAGUAUUAUGUUUGGACCUGAUAUCUGUGGCUACACAACCAAAAAGGUCCAUGCUAUUCUCACCUACAAUGGGACAAACCACUUAAACAAGAAGGAAGUCCCAUGUGAAACUGACCAAUUGACUCAUGUCUAUACCUUCGUCCUUCGCCCUGAUGCAACUUAUACCAUCCUGAUUGACAACGUUGAGAAGCAGACUGGUAGUUUGUACUCUGACUGGGACCUUCUCCCACCAAAGCAAAUUAAGGAUCCUGAGGCUAAAAAACCUGAAGAUUGGGAUGAUAAGGAGUUCAUUCCAGACCCUGAGGAUAAGAAACCAGAGGGUUAUGAUGAUAUCCCUAAGGAAAUUCCUGACCCUGAUGCCAAGAAGCCUGAGGACUGGGAUGACGAGGAAGAUGGUGAGUGGACUGCCCCAACCAUCCCCAACCCUGAAUACAAGGGUCCAUGGAAGGCAAAGAAAAUCAAGAACCCCAAUUACAAGGGUAAAUGGAAGGCACCCAUGAUUGAUAACCCAGACUUCAAAGAUGACCCAGAGCUGUAUGUUUUCCCCAAUUUGAAGUAUGUUGGAAUUGAAUUGUGGCAGGUGAAAUCUGGAACCUUGUUUGACAAUGUAUUGAUCACUGAUGACCCUGAUUAUGCCAAGAAGCUGGCUGAGGAAACAUGGGGCCAGCAGAAGGAUGUAUGUUCUCGUUUAACUUUUGAGAAAAGUAAGAUUCAAUUGUUUUUUUUUCUCUGUAUUUGACAUGUGGGAAUGGUGGAAUUUCAGGCUGAAAAAACUGCAUUCGAAGAGGCAGAAAAGAAGAGGGAGGAAGAGGUAUAAUAUGUCUGGAUACCUGUUCUUUAACUCAUUUAUGUUUUGGAUGAAAAUCUAAGUAACAAAAGUUUCUAAACUCUUCGCAUUUUCUGUUAAUUGUUUUAGGAGGCAAAGGCUGACCCAGUUGAUUCUGAUGUAAGUCUCUAAAACUUUGAAGAACUGAAUGCUUUCAGAAAUAGGACAUGAUUUAUUCCCACUGCGAACAUCUAUUUACAUUUGUGCAACCUUGUUUUUUCUAGGCUGACGAUGAUGAUGACGCUGACGAUGCUGAAAGUGAGGCUGACAGCAAAGCUGACUCAAAGGAUGAUGUUGAUGCCGAAGAAGAGGAUUCGGUUAAAGUAAAGUCACACUUAACUUUGCAGUUUGGAUUUGACCAAGAUCUUCAGCUCUCAAAUAAUGUUCUCUAACUUACAUUCUUUUUGACACUUGUACAGGACGAACUGUAGAGAAGAAAUUCAUCGGUUUCCAUGGUCGGCCCAGCAUUGUGUUCACGAGAAGAGCCUUGUGCACGAUUGAGCAGUCAAAAAUUUUCCUUUAAUUUUGUUGUUAGUAGCCAGAAGAUUUAGGAUUAAGAAACAAUGUGGCUGCAUCAAGAAUGUGAUAUACUUUUUCCUAUUCUGGUGUUGAUUAAAGAAAGCCAUUAGAAUGAAUAGUGGGACAUGCUUUGUUUUAGUCUUAGCUAUAUGGAUAAAUCCCAGAUUUGAAAUUUUCAAAUUGUUCAACAGAUGUUUCAAUUCUCUCAGUAGCAGUUCUGUCUUCCAUAUACCAAACUUCUGGAGCCACCGUGAAAGUAUGAACUUGUUGAUGUCUUACACUCUUAUCAUUAGACGUGGGCACACGUCUGGCUCCGUGGUAUGGGACAUUUUCAAUAAUAAGUACCAGUCCAAUAUCCUUAAUGAUUUAGUGUGGUGACAAGAUGGGAAAGUCAAGGGUAUUUGUGAUGUAAAAGCCUCUUAAAACAUUCCUUCUACGUCAGGGCGAAGAGCUGACUUUCCUUUUAGAUAAGGAUCGUGCCCUGAUUUCAAAAAUGCCAAAAAAUUUCCUGAAGUGUACACUUGACAUGAAAUCCUUCUACGGCGCUGAUUUUCUGGCAGAAAAAAGUUUGUGAUGUGAAAACUUGACUUCGCAAACUGAAAUGGAACCCGCAGAAAGUGUGUGAUGAACUUCAGAGUGUAGACUUUAGUACAUAAAUGGUAUUCACAAUUUUAAGGAAAGGAAAAAAGUAUACGUUCAAAAAAAACAAAGAGAUACACGUUAGAAACGUACAAUACAAUUAUACAAAUUACAAACAGAACUGAAAAACUCUCAUUACAUUCGCAAAAUCACCAUUUCAAAGUUCAAACAUGCGAAAGUGGAAGAUACAAUCACAAGGAAUAAAACAUCCACCAAAUACAUUUGAACCACUAGGUAGACUAGUCAUGGGAUUUUGGCUUCUUCACGAUCAGCACCGGGCACUUGAGAUUUUGUGCACAGUGAUUGCUCACGCUUCCCAGGAACGCCCUGCCAAACAAUUUGUAUGAGAAUCCUAAAUUAAAACCAUUUUUUUUUUUUUACGAAAAUCUUAACUAUAAUUCAGAAACUGUCGAUAAAAAAACUCAAGUUUUGAUAUGGACUCAAAGCUAGAUACCUCUUGAUGAGGCCAUAGCCAU